GAAUACCAGUUACAGUCUGAAGCAGUCAACACAAGUAACGUAACUGGACGAAAGGGAAAGAUUUCUCGCACCCAGUUUUCUAUCUACCAAAAAGUUGCGUUAGAGAACUCUUUUCUCUCCUCUUUAUACUUGACUGGCGAAGAACGAGAUGCGUUGGCCUUCAAACUUGGAUUGUCUCCGGCUAUUGUACAGGUAAGUAUUGGAAAUGUUAAUGAGCACCUAAACAAUUUAUCAUAUCUUAGUGUUAGUACAUUUAAAGGCCUUAUUUCAACGAGCUUUCACAGUUAUCAUUAUACGUUUCUGGGAAACUGCACACCUACCCCUCCCCUAAGCCAACAUUAAGCCUUACUUCUCACUUAGGGCAAAAUGUUCACUUAGGGGAGGGGUAGGUGGGCAGUUUCCCAAAACCGUAUAAUGAUCCAUAAGUUCCCUUCUUCAUUUGCCUGUCCCUCGGCAAAUGCUGGAUAUAAGUGUUUUAACAUUUCUAGAAGUCUUGAAGAUAUUCUUCACGUAGCAGAUAUCAUCCGUUGAGUUGCAUUCUUGCUGUUCUUGCUUUCGUAUUGGGCAGAAGUUUGGCUAUUUCGUUGUCGCAAAACAAGUAAAAAUUUUCACCACUUCAACCUGAUGCAACCUCGUCCCAGGACUUCUCGAUUACAGGGGAUAGUCUAUACUACUGAUGUCAUUUUAUCUGAUAUCGCAAAAGUCAUCCAAAAUUGGUCAACGCUAUAGCUGGGUAUGAACAAAAGCCAACAGGAGACGGAGAAAGGCCACCUUUUUGUUUUUUAAAUUUAUUUUGACAUCUGGUUUAUUCUUUCACAGACCUGGUUCAAGAACAGGCGUUUUAAAUGGCGCAAAGAAAUCAAGAAGGCAGAGGGAGGUCGGCCCGAGCGAGUGAUGGCAGCAUCUCCAGUUCUACUACUUCCCAGUCCCCCUGCCUUGCCUUAUCAGCGGCCAAACUUGGCGCCUGCUGACCACCAAGAUGGCUCAGUGUAUGCAGGGUGUUGUGCUGUUAAUCCACCAAUGCGCUUUAGCAGCAACACACACUGGUAAAUAAUAUAUAAGGGUCAAUCAAGUCCAAAUAUCACUGUUUCUAUUUAUUGUGUCUGUCAGUUACCGUAAAAGUCCAAAAAUAAGCCCCCAUGUAUAAGAGACUCCAAAUAUAACCCCCCCCCCCAAACCCCUAACCCAAAAAACCACCCACUAAAUCCCUUCUCCGGAUAUAAGACCCCGGGGCACUCCCAUACAAAAACAUUACCCCAAUACGAAAAAGAAAAACAAAACAAACACACAACAGUANUUAUCUGAUAUCGCAAAAGUCAUCCAAAAUUGGUCAACGCUAUAGCUGGGUAUGAACAAAAGCCAACAGGAGACGGAGAAAGGCCACCUUUUUGUUUUUUAAAUUUAUUUUGACAUCUGGUUUAUUCUUUCACAGACCUGGUUCAAGAACAGGCGUUUUAAAUGGCGCAAAGAAAUCAAGAAGGCAGAGGGAGGUCGGCCCGAGCGAGUGAUGGCAGCAUCUCCAGUUCUACUACUUCCCAGUCCCCCUGCCUUGCCUUAUCAGCGGCCAAACUUGGCGCCUGCUGACCACCAAGAUGGCUCAGUGUAUGCAGGGUGUUGUGCUGUUAAUCCACCAAUGCGCUUUAGCAGCAACACACACUGGUAA